AUGUUCCUUUUUUUUACUUUUCUUAUACCUAAACUGGAUUGUCUCUUCCGCGAAGCCGAUUGGUGCAUUCCGGUGGCACCGUAUGUACAUACAUUGCAGUUGACUGCAAUUGCAAAGAGCCGAGGGGUUUGCAAUGUGGGUGCGCUGAGUGUGGAGGAGGCUGGGUCGGUAGCCUUGAGCCCCAGGGAGCAACGAGCCCUCCGGCGAAAGGAGAAAUCCCGUCUCGCUGCAAAAUUGCGACGAAACCAAGAGAGCAACAUCCUCUUCUGCCUACUUCGAGCGUUGCCGGUCUCGCUGCCUGAUACCGCCGUAUCGGAGGGAAGCAUCAAGACGACACCAUCAAAGCUGAAUUUGGAGAAAUCUGGAGUCAUUCGAAUGGCUGGACAGACCCUCUUUCUCUAUAACUCGCUUUCUCAAGUCCUAGGAACCAAAGCAGUGCCGUUCAUCAGUCUCCUCAGCAAAUCUCUCCACGGUCUCCUCGUUCACCCGACGGAUUCUACGGUGGUCUAUGCGACACCACCUCUGGCAGAGGCUAUUAACUGGCCCUGGAUCAAUCUCAUUGGAGUGAAAUUGGAGAGCCUGACAGACGAGGGCAAAAUGCCAACUAGGGCUGGUGAGACGGUGAAUCUACGAGUACUUGAGCAGACAAAUUCACCCGCAAAGAGCUCCGUCCACAAUCGUCCAUCCACACUACUGCGUUCACCCUCUCACUCUCCGACCUCCACGCUCUCCGCCUCUACUUCGGGAGGGGAUCAAACUUCACCCCUCUGGUCUCCGCACCUCUACAGAAGCAGUAAGAAUGGAACGUCUGGAACGUUCACUGGGACGCACUUCUCAGCUUCUGCAAGUAGUAAUAAGGCAGUUCCUUAUCUUAUUUGUACAUGUUUUGCUAUACUUCGCGUGCCAAUUACAAGGUCGGAAGAUGGCAGACCCAGCGCAACGGCGGAAUCCGCACCCCAGCCUGUCAACCACCUCAAUCUCUACCUUCUCCAGCCCACUCCAAAUCUCGGCUUACCCAAAGCCACAGCAGAUUCUGCAUCCCUCUUAACAGCAUCACCACUUGGGAGGACUUCAUCUACGACUCUGUCACAAAUAUCGACAAUUUCAUCCUCCCUUUCCUCUUCCUCCCCUUCUGCUUCCACUUCCUCCUCCUCCUCCUUCCAUCGGAACAAAGAACGUUAUCUUCAGAACCGUCUGAGACGCCUCCAGACGCAGAAUCCGCCGCCUAAACCCCUUGAAGACGAUUUUGUCUGUCCACGUGAUUUCUUUUGCAUUGUUCUGGAUCGCAGUCUAGCUGUGAAGUGGGUGGAAAAUAGUGAUCCCAAUAAAACCAGCAUUUUCUCUUCCAUGAUUAAUCAAUCUUUUCUGGACUUCAUUGCCCUCCAAGAUCUGGAGGCGGUGAGCAAAUUACUCAAUGAAUGUGUUCAACAAAAAUUAUCAAUUUGGACACCCUCAUAUCGUUUAAGGAUUCCUAUUUCUCAAUCAAACGGUAGUAGGCAGUCCAGUGGACCGUCUAAAUUUAUCUGGGUGAGAACGCUUUUCUCGAAUACCUUCGAUGCCAACAUUAGAUGUCUUCAUCAGCCCAUUGGAAAUGCACAAACCGAUGGCAUUCAAGUCUGCCUUCAUCAAAAAAUAGCAUCCACCUCAACCACGGGCACCUCCGAAAGCCGACAUCAUAAUGGCAACUCGAUGUCAACCGUUGUGGCCACUACACCUCAGGUUAAGCGACCAAUCAGAGUACUUAAAUUGCAGUCACACCAUCAACCGUUGUCACAACAACCAGUGGCUGAGUCGACGCUACAGCCUCUUCGUGUCUCACCAAGUCUUCCGACAAAUUCUGCUCCCUACCUGGCUCCAUUGGCGGCUGCACCGACAAGGGACACACAAAUUAUUUAUGAGCCCCCUGCCUGUUUGACACCACAGACGCUGGUGACGACUCCAUGGGUCAUCUAUACUCGAAGUAUCAGCGCUCCACAGGCAAGUUUGUCCAAAACAGUAUCUCCCCUUUCACAGAAUUCGUCUUUCAACUUCCUUCUACCAGGAGAGUGCAAUGAGAUCCCCCUUCAGCACUCCAACAAAAUUCCCCGACUUAGCCCACCUCACACCAUCGUAGAAUCGUCUCAAAUUGAAAGGUGGCCGAUGACGACUUCCUCCCCGGUACUGAAUCUGCCCGACAUGCUCCAGGAAUUGGAUCCGGAAACUCUGGCAAUGCUGGAGGAGAACGAGGAUGCAAAAUCAGAUUCUCUGCUAACAAGUCUCAGUUUUGAUGACAUUCUUUCCUCCAUCAGUAUCACACCGAGCAGUGGGGAUGAACUAAAUCAAGAUAAACAGAUAUGCACAAGCGGGUCCUUUUGUUCCAGUGAAUCCUCUCCUCCAUCUCUACCGGAGAGUUUUGUCUCGUCCACUUCUUGUACCAGGAAGAAUCAGCCUUCACAGCAACAACAGCAGUUGCUACAACAACGGGAAAUGUCACUGUUCAGUGAUGUUGAAUUAGACACGGAUAUGCCCUCAGAUACGGAUGAGUUCUGGGAUGCUCUUGUAACAAAUGUGAUGAAUCUUCCAUUAGAUAUAACCAACCUCCCAAUGGAUGUACGCUAG